CCUUUCAACUCCUUUCAUAAACAAAUUCAGCACCUUCAAAACUUUCUUCAAUUUCUCAUCAGAUUAAACCUAACAAUUACCUCUCAUUCUCUUAUUGUUCAUCACUUGUUUUAAUUUCUUGCCUAAAGGCAUAUAUAAGCAUCCGAAUCUUGAUCUUCUUCUCCAUUAAUGGCUGAAAUCGAGGUUCCCCCCUAUUUCCUCUGCCCCAUUUCUCUCGACAUCAUGAAAGAUCCGGUGACGGUAUCAACAGGCAUAACCUACGACAGGGACAGCAUCGAAGAAUGGAUCUUUUCUCAGAGAAACAACACUUGCCCCGUAACGAAACAGCUUCUUGUCGACCCGGAAUUGACUCCCAACAUCACUCUCCGACGGCUCAUCCAGUCCUGGUGCACCCUCCACGCCUCGCACGGCGUCGAGAGGCUGCCGACCCCGAAAGCUCCCGUCAGCAAACCCCAGCUUAUGAAGCUUCUCAAAGAUGCAAACUCCCCCCAGAAGCAAAUCAAAUGCUUAGAAACACUUAAAUCCAUGGCUUCUCAGAAUCAAACCAACAAGAGGUGUAUGGAAGCAGCUGGCGCAGUUGAGUUCUUGGCUUCGUUGGUUGUCAAGAAAGCCCUGGAAGCCUCUCGUGGUGAAGAUUCAGAAUUUGAUCUAUCUGAUUCGAGAAAAGCCUGUGAUGAGGCCUUGAGCGUUCUUUACAGUCUCCAGUUAUCAGAAUCUGGCCUGAAAGCCCUCAACAACAGCGAAUUCAUCGAGUCCUUAACUCUUGUCAUGCAAUCCGGGAGCUACGACUCACGAGCUUAUUCCGUCAUGCUACUGAAAUCAAUGCUGGAGGUAGCUGAUCCCUGUUUGCUGAUCAAUUUACGACCCCAAUUCUUUGCAGAAUUAGCUCAAAUUUUGAACGAUCAAAUCUCACAAAAGGCCUCAAAGGCAACGCUCAAAGUACUAAUCAUUGCCUGUCCAUGGGGGAGGAAUAGAAUCAAAGCAGUAGAAUCAGUGCCUGUACUAAUAGAUCUCCUGCUCGAUUCUUACGACAAAAGGGCCUGCGAAAUGAUGCUGACAGUGUUGGAUUUGCUGUGCCAGUGCGCUGAGGGGAGAGCCGAGCUGCUGAAGCACGGCGCUGGAUUGGCCAUUGUUUCAAAGAAGAUUCUAAGGGUUUCUCAGGCAGCAAGCGAAAGGGCUGUCAGGAUCUUACAUUCAGUUUCCAGGUUUUCGGCAACUCCUAGAGUCUUGCAGGAGAUGUUGCAGAUUGGGAUUGUUGCGAAAUUGUGGUUGGUGGUUCAAGUUGAAUGUGGAUCCAAGACAAAGGAAAGAGCCAGGGAAAUGCUCAAAGUACAUGCCAGGGCCUGGAGGGACUCCCCUUGCAUUCCCAAGAAUCUCAUUUCUUCAUAUCCAUCUUCAUAAGACAUUCAAGUGAUGGAUAUUACAAUAGAGACUAAUCGAUUAAUUGUAUACAUGCUUGUUAAUUUCAUACCUGUGAAUAGACCUUCGGUUCAGUUAGAAGAUGACAGAAUAUUGUUGUUGUCGACAAAUCGAUUUUGUUCGUACUAAUUUAAAAUUGUAGGAAAUUGAAAGUUCAA